CGCCGUCCAGACUCACUCACUUCUGUGCUGUCACAAGCCUGGACACCAUUUUCCCUCCUCUUGCGGUGUCUUCCCUAUUCUGCAAUCGACAUUCAUUCGUUUUCCUUGUGGCUGUUCAUCGUUCGUUCGCGCCUCUGCUCACUAUUUCCUUCCAUUCGCUACACUAAGGUAGGCAGUGGUCGCCCUCCAUCUACCUAGCCCUUAAUUCCCACCACGACGACGAACAAGACUACGCCGACUGCACGAUUUCGACAGACCGUUCGCUUGCCUCGUCGUACGCGGGAGAGCCAGUCUCUGGCAUCUCACCCACCAUGGCUCUGAACCUGCCCACUGUCAGCAGCGGCAACGGAGGAGCCCAUACGCAGCCUUCGUUGCCCUCGCUGCCGGCCCAUUUACAGUCCGACACGCAUCUAACAGGACAUUUGGCGAGUCGCUUCCACGUCUCUCAUCCGACCGCGAGGCUUUCGUCUCAUGCCUUGAUUUCUCUCAACACCUAUACAUCCUCCAGCAAAGGUCCUGAUGGCGGUAAAGAGGGCAGUGCUCAAGGGGGCGCUGAGGACCUGGCAAACAGGGCCUGGCUGCGACUAGGGCACCGCUCCGAAUCCCAAACUGCAGUUUUCUUGGGUGAAUCUGGAUCAGGCAAAUCUACCUUGCGAAAUCAUUUCUUGUCGGCUAUCCUCGCUAAAUCUUCGACUCCCCUGUCCACCAAGCUUUCUCUGGCAGCCUAUGUUUUCGACACAUUGACUACGACCAAGACUGCCACAACGCCAACUGCCUCCAAAGCUGGCCUGUUCUACGAGCUUCAAUAUGACACUGCCAGCACAACCAACCCGACGUUGAUCGGUGGUAAACUGUUAGACCACAGAUUCGAACGAAGCCGCGUCACAGAUGUGCCCACCGGAGAGCGUAAUUUCCACGUGCUUUACUACCUACUUGCCGGCACAAGUGAGGCUGAGAAGUCGCAUCUCGGCCUAGACUUUGGCAAUCAUCCUGGCGCGCGUGAUCAGCGCUGGAAGUAUCUCGGUCACCCUACUCAGCUCAAGGUGGGCAUCAACGAUGCCGAGGGCUUCCAGGUCUUCAAGGAUGCUCUGCGCAAGCUGGAGUUCCCACGUAGCGAGAUUGCUGAGAUCUGCCAGAUCCUGGCCAGUAUCCUUCACAUUGGUCAGCUUGAGUUCGCCGCCGAGAACGAUACAAGCGCCAACGGCAACGAAAGUGGCGGCUUCUCCCAUGAAGGCGGCAACUCCUAUACGGGUGUCAAGAACAAGGAGGCGCUAACGACCGUUGCUGCGUUCUUGGGGGUCAACGCUCAGGACCUCCAGAGGACAUUGGGUUACAAGAGCAAGGUCAUCAGCAAGGAGCGUGUCACCGUCAUGCUGGAUCCCCAAGGCGCCCGAUCCCACGCGAACGAGCUUUCUCGGACGCUUUAUUCUCUGCUCGUGGCAUGGAUCAUCGAGAACAUCAACCAGCGUGUCUGCGCACAUGAGGAGUCCAUCGCCAAUACCGUCUCCAUUGUUGAUUUCCCUGGCUUUGCCCAACAAUCUUCAACACUCUCGUCGCUGGAUCAGCUACUCAACAAUGCAGCAGUCGAGUCCGUUUACAACAUGACACUGCAGUACUUCUUCGACCGCAAAGCUGAACUCCUCGAGUCCGAGGAAGUCAAUGUUCCCGCCACUAGCUACUUUGACAAUACCGAUACUGUGAGGGGCUUGCUCAAGCCUGGAAACGGUCUCCUGAGUAUCCUCGAUGACCAGACCCGUCGCAAUCGAUCCGACAUGCAGUUCCUGGAGUCCUUGCGUAAGCGUUUUGAAGGCAAGAACCCUUCCAUCGAGGUUGGAUCAGCCCACGCCAAGCUUCCCGGAAGCAGUUUCAUGACCGAGAACACGGCCGCGACCUUCACAGUCAAGCACUUCGCCGGCGAGGUCGACUACCCUAUCCGGGGCCUUGUGGAGGAGAAUGGCGAAAUCAUCUCGGGCGACAUUUUGAACCUGGUCAAGACCAGCAAGAGCGAUUUCGUCAACAAAUUAUUCGGCCAGGAUGCAUUGAAGACGGUGACGCACCCCAAUGAGCGCACGACCAUCAUGCAGGCCACCAUCAGCUCGAAGCCGACGCGUGCUCCCAGUGUGGCGUCCCGCAAGGCGACUCGAAGCAGAGCUCCUGCUGCGUACCGCCGGAAGCAACUCCAAGCACUGGAAACGGUCGAGGCCACGAGCGACGGGGGCGAGUCAGGUCACGGCGGCCACAACAAGACUGCUUCAGAGCAAGGAGCCUCUGGCCAGUUCCUAUCUUCACUUGACAACGUUCGGCGCGUCUUGGCCGAUCCCAACAUGAACGCCUACUUUGUAUUCUGUCUCAAACCAAACGACCGUCGCAUCGCCAACCAGUUUGAUAGCAAGUGUGUACGCACGCAGAUGCAAACAUUCGGCAUUGCAGAGAUCAGCCAGAGGCUUCGCAUCGCCGACUUUAGCAUUUUCCUGCCUUUCAGCGAGUUCCUUGGUCUCACGGACUCGGAAACCAUGCUGGUCGGGAGCGAGCGUGAGCGUGCCGAGGUCACCAUUGAGGAAAAGCGAUGGCCUCAGAACGAGGUUCAUGUCGGUUCCACUGGCGUCUUUCUCAGCGAGCGCUGUUGGCUCGAGAUUGCCCAGCUCAGUGAGGCUAAUUCAUCCUCUGGCCGUUAUGGUCUGAAUCCAUCCGACACUGGGGAUGGUCUCACCCCAGGCGAGCUUGCGCCCUAUGGUGCCUCCAAGGAGCAGCUGGUAUCUUCCGGAACCACGCCCCUGAUGUAUGGCGAGAAGAACCGAGCUGGUUAUUUCCCUGCGGGCGAUGAUACGCGAUCCGAAGCCGGCGUCUCGGCCUUUGGUGCCGGCGACAUGUUCAAGAACUUCGACACGCGCGAGCAGAUGGCUGAACGAGGCAACGAGAAGUCCUUGGUUGAGGUCCAGGAAUACAAGGACAGCCCCAGCCGCAAACGCUGGGUAUUCAUGGUCUACCUCUUCACCUGGUUCAUCCCUGACUUUCUCAUCCGCUGGAUCGGACGCAUGCCCCGCAAGGACGUGCGCAUGGCAUGGCGAGAGAAGGUGGCCAUCAACAUGCUCAUCUGGCUUCUGUGUGGCGUAGCCAUCUUCUUCAUCGUUCUGUUUCCCAUGCUCAUCUGCCCUCGCCAAUAUGUCUACAGCGCGGCUGAAUUGUCCUCAUACGAUGGCGAGGACGGUAGUGGGGGUGCCUAUGUGUCCAUUCGUGGCAACGUCUUCGAUCUCAAGGCGUUUGCCCCUCGCCAUUAUCCCCCAUAUAUCACGGAAAAGACCCUUCUCGACUACGCUGGCAUGGACGUGAGUGACUUGUUCCCCAUGCAAGUCUCUGCACUGUGCCAUGGCAAGGACGGGCAGAUCAACCCAGCCGUCACCCUGGACUACAAGAACACGAACAUGACCGGUCAGCCCGCUUACGCACAAGUUGACGAGACCUUCACCUAUCACGACUUCCGCUACUAUACAAAUGACACACGGAAUGAUUGGUACCUGGAGCAAAUGACGGUGCUCAGGGCUAACUAUCGCAAAGGUGCGAUCGGAUACUCUCCUCAGUAUGUCAAGACCUUGGCAUCGCAGAAGAGACAGUCCAUCGCGAUUCUGAAGGGCCGUGUAUACGACCUGACAGCUUACCUCGCGGGUGGCUAUAAGAUGAAGUUCAAGCCGACAGACAGCAAGAAAACCAUAGACGAAGCGGACAACCAAGGGGCCACGAGCUUCAUGCAACCGGCAGUCGAGGAGCUUUUUCAAAUGAGGUCAGGAAGCGAUAUCAGCCAGUAUUGGGAUUCGCUCACUUUGACCGACGCUCAGAAGGUGGACAUGACCCGCUGCCUCGAUCAUCUCUUCUACGUUGGAGAUGUUGACACCCGCAACUCGGUCCGUUGUCAGUUUUCCGAGUAUCUCGUCCUCGCCAUCUCAAUCAUGCUUGCCUGCGUUAUCGCCUUCAAGUUCUUCGCGGCACUGCAGUUUGGUGGCAAGAACGUGCCCGAGAAUUUGGACAAGUUUGUCAUCUGUCAGAUCCCUGCGUAUACCGAGGACGAGGACUCUCUGCGCCGUGCCAUCGAUUCGGCCGCCAGGAUGCGCUACGAUGAUAAGCGUAAACUGCUGUGCGUUGUCUGCGACGGUAUGAUCAUCGGUCAAGGCAACGACAGGUCCACCCCUCGCAUUGUCCUUGACAUCCUUGGUGUUUCUGAGCAAGUUGACCCCGAGCCACUGAGCUUUGAAUCGCUUGGCGAGGGUCUGAAGCAGCAUAACAUGGGCAAGGUCUACUCGGGUCUGUACGAAGUCCAGGGCCAUAUUGUCCCUUUUAUGGUCAUCGUCAAGGUUGGCAAGCCUUCCGAGGUUUCUCGUCCUGGCAACCGUGGCAAGCGUGACUCGCAGAUGCUCGUCAUGCGCUUCCUCAACCGCGUCCACUACAACCUCGCCAUGAGCCCUCUGGAGUUGGAAAUGUACCACCAGAUCCGCAACAUCAUUGGUGUCAACCCGACUUUCUACGAGUUCAUGUUCCAGAUCGAUGCUGACACCGUCGUCGCUCCUGAUUCCGCCACUCGCAUGGUCUCUUCAUUCAUGGAUGAUACACGCCUCAUCGCUGUCUGUGGUGAGACGGCUCUGACCAACGCCAAAUCAUCCUUCAUCACCAUGAUCCAGGUUUACGAGUACUGGAUCUCGCACAAUCUGUCCAAGGCUUUCGAGAGUCUGUUCGGUUCCGUCACAUGUUUGCCUGGAUGUUUCACCAUGUACCGUAUUCGCGCCGCCGAGACGGGGAAGCCACUCUUCGUCAGCCGCGAGGUCGUCGAGAACUAUGCCACAAUUCGCGUCGAUACACUGCACAUGAAGAACCUGUUGCACCUGGGCGAGGAUCGAUACCUCACCACCUUGCUCCUCAAGUUCCACCCCAAGUACAAGACCAAGUACAACCACAACGCACAUGCCUGGACCAUCGCACCCGACUCCUGGGCUGUCUUCAUGUCUCAACGCCGUCGCUGGAUCAACUCUACUGUGCACAACUUGAUUGAGCUGAUUCCCAUGUCGCAACUCUGUGGUUUCUGCUGCUUCAGUAUGCGAUUCGUCGUCUUCAUUGAUCUGCUCAGCACAAUUGUGCAGCCUGUCACUGUUGCCUACAUCGGAUAUUUAAUCUAUCGCAUCAUUGACAGUCCGUCUAGCAUUCCGAUCACAGCCUUCAUCCUGCUCGGAGCUGUGUAUGGUCUGCAGGCCAUUAUCUUCAUCUUGCGUCGCAAGUGGGAAAUGGUCGGUUGGAUGAUUCUUUAUAUUCUGGCGAUCCCCGUUUUUAGUUUCGCCUUGCCGCUGUAUUCUUUCUGGAACAUGGAUGACUUCAACUGGGGUAACACACGUGUCGUUGCUGGCGAAAAGGGAAAGAAAGUCAUCGUCACGGACGAGGGCAAGUUCGACCCUGCAUCCAUCCCUCGCAAGAAGUGGGAGGACUACCAGGCCGAGCUGUGGGAGACGCAGACCGGCACCGGCAAGGACGAUACUCGUUCCGAAGUGUCGGGAUACAGCUACGGCACCAAGGCACAAGGUGUCGUGUCCGAGUAUCAGUACUAUCCUAGCCGUCCCGGGUCGUUGGCUGGCUACGCUCACCAGAACCCCUACGACACCAGGAACAACUCGCGCAUGUCGCUGGCGACAUCUGAGGUCGGCCUGAACAAUAUUCGCAUGAGCACGUUCAGCCAGUCUCAGUUCUUCUCCUCUGAUGAACAAGCGGAUCUGCCUAGCGACGAUGCGCUGUUGGCGGAGAUCCGCGAGAUCCUGCGCACGGCGGACUUGAUGACCGUCACAAAGAAGGCCAUCAAACUUGAGCUUGAGAAUCGCUUUGGUGUCGGUCUCGACGCAAAGAGGCAAUACAUCAACAGUGCCACCGAGGCCAUCCUGUCCGGCCAGCUGUAAUGUUGCGGCCUGAGACUUUCUCUCAUAUCGUCAUACUUUGGGUCUUCUACACUUUUAUAAUUUGGGAUACUAAUCUUGGGAUACUACAUUGGCGACAGCGUCACCUUGUCUUUCCACCCCCGUGUACUGGCUACGAUGCCAAAAUCUCUUGUUGACUGGGCGAUCUGUUGGUUUAUAGCAUAAUAUGGGGAUUUGGGCCGUUUGGGAAAGGUAGCAUUGAUUUAUGUGCAUUGGGCUUGGGUUUUCACAUCUAGGACCUAAUCAAAACAGCACGCUCUGAGCUUUACAUUA